AUGGCGCCGUCGGCGGCAUCGCCGUCGCCGUCGAAGACGGCGAAUGGCAACCAAAUCAAUGAAGCAGAGACAAUAAAAAGAGGAUUAGAGAAACUCAAAUACGCAUUUACUGACAACUUAGAGAACUUUCAGCCACUCCUUAAAAAAUGUCAGGAGGGAGUAACUGCAUCAUCCAUAAAUGGUUCACCACAUAAGGAUGUUUUAUGUGAAUAUAUAACUUCUGCUGUUAGAGGUACUUACGGGAAUAGUCGAUCAAAGGGUCAAGGUCGUCCUGGUCCAGGACCUGGACCAGGACCUGCACCAGUACCUGGUGCAGGUUCUGGUGUCCACAUUUGGAGUGGAUUAAAACAUACGUAUCGUUGUAAUAUUUUACGAAUAUGUAUGAAAUAUUUAAUGAAUAACUAUUGUGUAGAAGAGAAGGAUAUUACAACCAUUUUAACGGCUAUGGAGGAACGAGUUAGGAAAUGGACCGUGGGAGGGGAUGGGAAGCCAGAUGAAAAGACAAAGAAUAGAAGGUAUUUUGAUAAAUGCAUAAAGAAGUCAUGGAAGGAGGAAAAAAGUAAAGAAAAUAGGUUAAGGUGUCGUGUAAUUAAGAUAAUUCAACAAAUUGAAACAAAUACCUCCGGAAAAUGGAGCCCAUUGAAAACACUACCUGGUGCAGCAAGUGGAACUUGUUCCACCAUAACAGGAAACGCAUCUAACAAUAAAUAUGGAAGUGAUUGUUCAUCACAACCAAACGGCACCACCGCCGGUGGCGGCGGCGUUUCCGCCGGAGGCGGAGGCGGCGCCGGCGUCGUCGGCAACGUCGGUAACAACGUCGACGACGACGAUGACAGUGACGACGAUGAGGAGGACGAUGAUGAUGACGAUGAUGAUGGUGUUCCUACUCCAUCAACAGCAGCAACAUCCUCCUUAUUAGGAAAAGGGAUAGGGAAGAAUUCCCAAUCCCUUCCUGGAGGCAGUGGCAAGGAAGGGAAGGGAACCUUCCUUUCCUUUCCUUCCCUUUCUUCUUUUCCUUUCGACUCGAUUCAUCCUUAUCUUCCUUUAGUUCCUUCUAUCCUUGGAAUUAUGACCAUAACUUAUUUCCUUUGGAAGUAUUUUGGCCAACUGGGUAAAAUAAGACGUUCCAGGAGAGCUCCUUUAAGAAUUCCUGGUCCAUCUGUACAGGAACAGCUCCUCGAUCAUGUGGAAGAAGCUGGUCCACAUGAAUAUCGAUUGGUGAAGGAACGAAAACCUCGUUCUGCUCCAACAAGAACGAAACGUUCCGGUCGCGAUCCUGCUGGUAGUGGUCGCGUGAAUCGUCGAACAAUUAUUGAAAUUCAUUUUGAAGUGUUGGAUGAAUGUCAAAAAGGGGACACACAAUUGAACCAGAAGGAUUUUCUCGAACUUUUAGUUCGUGAGUUCAUGGGAUCGGAAUUUAUGGAAGAAGAACAGGUUCCUAAGGAGGAGGUUCUUAUGGAAGGGGUUCCUAUGGAACUUGUUCCUAUGGAAAGUGUUCCAAGUUUAGGUUCCGGGUUACUGGUUUAG